CAGAUAGUGGGGUAGGAAGGACUCAUUUGAAUUCCAUCUGAUAAUGGCCACUGACACUGAAGGAGUUUUAAAUCUGAAAUAUCUGAGAUCUGCCCAGGGCAUACUGAAGAUCACCGAGCUGGUGUUUCUCCUGGCUGCCUUUCUCGUCGUCCGCACCUCCUGGUUCACUGCAGUGCUGGACACCUACAUCUUCUUCCAGGUCAUCACCAUCGGAGUCUUCUCUGCCAUCUUCCUCUUCCUCAUCCUCACUGCCCUGGGGCUGCCAAGCAGACUUCCCUGCAUCAGUUGGAGUGUCACGGAGUUUGUUUUAGAUACAGUGGCACUACUAUGUGUCUUUCCUGUGUCCUGUGCAGCUGCAGUGAAGAGUCAUGACGUGAAUAUCCUCGUGGCCGCCUCAAUGCUGGGUCUGACAGUGUGUUUUCUGUUCGCUGCUAGCAUAGCCCUCUCCUUCCAGCCCCUACACUCAAAGCUGUCCCCCCACAUCAGUGCUGAAGUCUGAUCUGGUCAGCCUCACGUCCACGUCCCAAGUUCACUCACAGCUUCCUCCACCUACAGCGGCCCUACUGACGAUCAAGUCAUCAACAUAGAAUGACUCGGAAACAGAAGUGAGUAGGUGGGUUUACAUGGACAGUCAUUCCGAUUAGACUAUUCUGAAUGAAAAUCUUGUGUCAUCUGUUUACAUGGCGUACGUUCUAUUCUGAUCAGGUGCUCUUUACAUAAUUUGAUGGGAAUAGCCAUUGCCGCUUUGCUUUUGCUUGAUAAGCUACAGCGGGCAAUCCGACUGACCCUAUAUAUGGUAGAUAAAUCGGAAUAAGAACGGAAUACACCACCUCUUUCAUUCCAAUUAAAAUUCUAAUCGGAUCGGCGGUUUUAUUCCAAUCAAGGUGCUAUGUGUUAUUUCUAUUCCGAUUCCAAUUGGAAUAAACGUGUCCAGGUAAACCCACCUACUAACAGGGAGCAUCAGCUGCUUAAUGAUGCCAUCCAACCAGGCUCUCCUACUGGGGUGUAUGUCAAGUGUGAGGUGAAGUGCCAAAUCUUAGGAAGUUAACCCAAAGAAAACUGUGCUAAAGCUCCCAAUAGAUAAGCCCUAACACCUCAUUCUCCUGACUAAACAAAGUAAGUAAAAUGUAUUCUAAAUCAGAUUCAUACACAGCUUAUUCUGGCCAAAGUGCUGUGUAUGAAUGUGAAACAAAGUGCAAAUGCAAGUGCUGCAGUACACUUACAUCUCACAUCAAUAAGGAACAGCAAGGGACACAGUAUUACAGACAUAGCAAGUUGGCCAUUAGAGGGCUGAGAAGGCCAGAUAAUACAGGUGAGUUUUGAGGCCAGGUGAAGGCUCUGUCACCUAUUUGCCUGAGCUGAGAGUGAGGGAUAUGAAGGAGACCUUUACAUUACAUUACAUUUGGCUGAUGAUUUUUAACCAAAGUGACUCUCAACAUGGUAAACAAUUUAAACAUACAGUACAAUAAGAACAAGCUAGUGUAUCAGUGAGUGCUAUUUUCAUUGUCAAGUGUCAGUUCUAGUCAGGUGAUAAGUGCUGGAGUUAGCAAGGCUAGUUGCAAGUAGUGCUACGAGAGAUGUUUACUGAAGAGCUGGGUCUUCAGGAGUUUUUUGAAGAUGGAGAGGGAUGUCCCUGCUCUAGUAGGAACUGGUAGUGUGUUCCACCAAUGAGGAACAACAGAUGAGAAAAGUUUGGAUUGGGCUUAAAAAAUAAAUAAAUAACAGCUACAGGGGCCAUCUUUUAGGUUCAACCUCCUCUGGGUUUGUCACAAAAACUCCAUGCUUGAAAUACAUCCCAGAUCUUCUACUCAAAAGUGGCUGAUGAUCUGCUGAUUUAAAAUCUGCAGUUGUUUAAAGGAACACGUCAACUUUUAGGGAAAUUAGAUUAUUAACUAAAAGGGAGCUCUAGGCUUAGUGGCUUACUGGUGCACCCCACCUCCAGUGGUCAGACUGGGUUAUUGCAUGCACAGAGAGGACAAGAGGAUGGAUCCUCCUAUCUAACACUGGGGUAGAUGGGAAAAAGCUAAUUCACCAAAAAGUUGGGGUGUUCCUUAAACUGUGUUGUGGAACGGAUGCUGAUACUGAUGCACAUGAUUAAGCACUGAGUGUGGAGUACAUAUGCCUUACAUUGGCUCACUUAAAUGAAACAGUCUAGGACAUAGAAAGCAUUGGUCUUCAAUGCCAUGAACAAUUCAACAAUCAUAAUGUAUCAUUGUUCUUAUUCAUUAUUAGUUAAGACUGAUUAAUAGAUAGAUAGCCCUUCAUUCUAUUGUUUUCGGGAUCUUCAGAGUUUGUAAAUGUUUAUGUUUUUGUUCUGUUCAAAUUCUAUUUAG